AUGGAUGCUCCGAAUGAUCGGACUCCAACCAGGUGGCAGAGAACAGAACUCAACAAAAACUAUAAGAAUUGCUCCCCAUCAAGGCCGAAGGCGUCGAAAGAAAAAAUUAGUAAAACCAGUAUUUUGGAAACGAGUUCAUCGGAACUUCAACGGCACCUUUUAGGAGGAUUAAAAUCCACCCUCGAACCCCAGAGACAAAUUGGAGACAGUAAAGGCGAUGUCAGUAUACAGAUUCAAGAUAAAUGUGCCAUUUAAUAAGACUUCUUAUCUAGAAAAUUGCUUAUUUUUACGGUAAGCUUGGUGAUCUGAUAUUGAGGAAGUUCAAGCAAGUAUAAGUAAGUUCGGUUAUAUUCCGCAAGUAA